CAGGGAAUAGCCCCUGGUUUUCACCUUCAAAACAAGUAUUAUUUUAUCAAACGUUUCUCUGUCUCCAUAUAAACCCCAAAUCACUAUCUCCUCCAACAAGAGAGCCAAACAGGCCCCAAACCAUAUAAAAUAAUAUUUUUAGAAGAUAUAAAAAACCACCCAUCUCUCUUUCUCUCUCUAGAAAGAAAAGAAAAAGAAAAAAGAGAGAAUUCUCAGGAAUUUCAUUUUUCUUGGGUUUUUUCUGGAUUUGGAUUUUCUUUCUUUUGGUCUGGAUGAGGAUUGAAACGGGCUUGAUUAACAGAAAAGGGCAGCAAUUCUGCGAAUUGCCUGCAUCAGCUACGGUGGCGGCGGCGGAAAAGAGCAGGGCGAAGAAGAAUCGGAGGCGGCAGAGGAAACCGAUGCAGGCAGCCGUAGUCCAGAAGCUCUUCAAUGCAUGCAAGGAGGUUUUCUCUGGCUCUGAGGCCGUCCCGUCUCCGAGUGACGUGGAACGGGUCCGAUCGGUUCUCGAUACCAUGACCCCAGCAGACGUUGGAUUGAAUCGGGACAUUCCGCUUUUCAGGAAAAUUGGGACUGAAGGCGCACCUCCAAUAACAUACCUACACCUCUAUGAAUGCAGCAAGUUCUCGAUUGGUAUCUUUUGUUUGCCUCCGUCGGGUGUCAUUCCACUCCAUAAUCAUCCAGGCAUGACAGUCUUCAGCAAGCUCCUUUUCGGCUCCAUGCACAUCAAAUCAUACGAUUGGGCUGAUAUUCCUCGCACUGCCAACGAGAUUGUCAACCCCUCUCACUUCCAGCCUUCAGGGGUCCGGUUGGCAAAGGUGAAAGUGGAUGAUGUCUUUACUGCCCCAUGCAACACCUCUAUACUUUACCCAGCCGCGGGAGGAAAUAUGCACCGUUUCACGGCAAUGACAUCAUGCGCGGUGUUGGAUGUGCUUGGGCCCCCUUACGCUGAUUCCGAAGGCAGACACUGCACAUAUUACCGUGAUUUCCCAUACGCAAGAUUUUCAGGAGACAUGGAUUUGGAAUUGGGUUCUGAAGAAGGGGGAGUGUACGCAUGGCUCGAAGAGACUGAGAAACCCAGCGAUUUCUUUGUAGUUGGCGAUAAAUAUAGAGGCCCGAAGAUUGUAGAGAAUUAACCUAUUUCCAUGUUGCAAUCAAUGGCUACCUUCUCUUGCAGUGGUGGCCCACCUGCUCACCCCCCUCACAGUUUCUAUGUAAAUACCAAAAGAAAGUGAAGUGAAGGAGGAGAAACGAAGAGCUUGGAAUUCAUACAUAGAUAAUUCAAAGGUUUCUCUUUUUUCCUUCAUUUUAACAGUGGUGAAUCUGUCUCUUUGCAAGGUCUUGAAAGCGGUUUUUUCUCAUUCCUUUUCCAGGAACCAUGGGGUCCGGAGUUUCCAAAUUUGUGUGUGUAGGGCCCAUUUUUGGUUGUCCAGACCAUAGAUUUGAUGGGCCUCAUGUGGAACUGGGAUGAUCCCAUACGCUUGCCAGAUUGGAAUAUUGAAAACUCUUUUUUAAUCUGUGGAUAAAUUUUCCAAUUUGAACCAUGUAUUUGUAUGAAUUUUACGAUCUGGAAGGAUUUUUUAGGCA